AUGGUGGACACCAAUGGCAGUGAAUCUAGUGCCACAUAUUUCAUUCUAAUAGGCCUUCCAGGCUUGGAAAAAGCUCAGUUCUGGUUGGCCUUCCCGUUAUGCUCCCUCUACCUUAUUGCUGUGCUAGGUAACCUGACAGUCAUCUGCAUUGUGCGGACUGAGCACAGACUACAUGAACCCAUGUAUAUUUUUCUUUGCAUGCUUUCUGGCCUUGACAUACUUAUCUCUACUUCAUCUAUGCCCAGAAUGAUGGCCAUCUUCUGGUUCAAUUCCACUACCAUCCAGUUUGAUGCUUGUCUUCUACAGAUGUUUGCCAUCCACUCCUUAUCUGGCAUGGAGUCCACUGUACUGCUGGCCAUGGCCUUUGACCGCUAUGUGGCCAUUUGUCACCCGCUACGCCAUGCCACUGUGCUAACAUUGCCUCGUGUUACCAAGAUUGGCGUGGCUGCUGUGGUACGGGGUACUUCACUUAUGGCACCCCUGCCUAUCUUCAUCAAACGGCUGCCUUUCUGCCGCUCCAACAUUCUUUCCCAUUCCUACUGCCUACAUCAAGAUGUCAUGAAGCUGGCUUGUGCUGACAUCCGUGUCAAUAUCAUCUAUGGCCUCAUUGUCAUCAUCUCUGCCAUUGGCCUGGACUCACUUCUCAUCUCCUUGUCAUAUCUGCUUAUCCUCAAGACUGUGUUGGGCUUGACACGUGAAGCCCAGGCAAAGGCAUUUGGCACUUGUGUCUCUCAUGUGUGUGCUGUUUUCAUAUUCUAUGUACCUUUCAUUGGGUUAUCUAUGGUGCACCGCUUUGGGAAGCGGCAUGACUCCCUCCUGCCCAUCAUUAUGGCCAACACCUACUUGCUUGUUCCUCCUGUGCUCAACCCUAUUGUUUAUGGAGUGAAGACAAAGGAGAUCCGGCAGCGUAUCCUUCGUCUUUUCCAUGUGACCACCCAUACUUCAGAUCCCUAG